AUGUCUUCAGCAGCAACAAACUCACAACAACAAUCCACCCCGUUCCCCUCCGCAACAUCAGAAACAACAUCAGAUCGCUCCGCUUCAAACACACAGCAUGAUCCCCAACUCUUCCAACCGCAUUAUUUCUUCUUCUAUGGCAGCCUCAGUGACCCUUCUUUCCUAGCAAAGGUGCUCAAUCGUCAAGAUAAACCAGCAGUCCGUCCAGCGAUGAUAAUGGAACACGGGAUGAGAAUGUGGGGUGAAUUUCCGGCGCUAUUGGAUGGAUGUCCCGAAAAGCCGAUUCACGGGGUCGGGUAUAAGGUGCGUUCGCAGGUGGAGGAGGAUCGCUUGGCAGAGUAUGAGACGGAUAUGUAUCGGAAGAAGGGGUGCGUUAUUGAGUUUAGGGAUGGGUCGAAGGUCCCUGGGGUGACGUUCGUGUGGAAUGCAGAUCCAGGGUUGUUGAAAGAGGAGGGCUUUGAUAUGAAGGACUGGUUGUUGGAGCAAAAGGAUAGUCGUGGGGAGGGUGAGGUGGGAGUAUGA